UGUGUUUACUUUCCCAUGGACGCGGCCAUGUUUCCGUGACGUCACUCGGUCGCCAUGUGUAGACGGGAAAACAGCAGAACUUAUGUUGUGUCAGAGGUGCAGAAACCUAAAGCAGCCUGAAAGUCACUGAUUGAACCGCUGCUCCUCUCAAAUGCGUCGAUGGAAAGUUGCCCUGCAGCAGCACAUGCGAGCACAUGCACGCUCUGUGACUUGCGCACUGGCUGUGUGUGUGCUGACAUUCGGCGUGAUCCUGCCCCUGUGCUGCCAUCGCUGCUUGUACUCUUACUACUUCUUGAAGUCGUUGUAUCUGGACCAGUUGAGUGAUGAGGCUCUGCAGAGGAGCUACGAGCGGGGCCAGGCGGCACUGCAAUACUGGAAAAAUGUGUCGCAUGCGAGACCUGCGGAGAAAAUCAUUCCUGAGCAUCCUGAGCUGUUAGUGACUGUGGUGACAGCACAGAGGACCAUGGGGCAAGAGUAUCACUACCUGCUGCAGGUGAUGCAGAAACUGAAAAUUCUCAGACAAGGGUGCGGGGAAGCUCCUUGUGCCGAGGUCCUAGUAUGCAACGUGGAAAGCGGCUUCCUUGAGCAUGAGGAUGCAGCUCUCGUGGAGAAACAGUUUCUCAUGGUGAAGCAACCGAAAGGCACCAACAAGGAUGUAAACAUCUUCGAAAAGGAGAAAAGAGAUUAUGUGUUUUGCCUUCGGAAAAGCAUGGAGAUGUUUAAACCAAGGAAUUUAUUGAUGCUGGAAGAUGAUGCACUGCCCAGGAGUGACUUCUUUGCCAUAAUACGCAAUUUGCUGAGUCGCAGAUUCAUUUCAAACUCACUCUAUGUCAAGUUAUAUCAUCCAGAAAGGUUACAGCGUUACUGGAAUCCAGAGCCAUACCGUAUUCUAGAGUGGGUGGGGUUAGGAAUAGUGGUGGCAUCAACAAUUCUUUUCUUCUUGGCUUUCUUCACACAUUUCUCGCAGCCUUUUUCUGUGCCUUUUUUCUUCAUUCUGGUUGUUUAUUUCAUGGUGGGUGCAGAGCUUAUAGGAAGACACUACCUCUUAGAACUCAGGCGUAUGUCACCUCAGCUGUACGCUGUGUCUCCAGCUACCGAAUGCUGCACUCCUGCCAUGCUGUUCCCAGGAAACACGUCCUCUCGUGUUGCUGCUCUGCUGGAUGCCACCACGUGUGUAAAGGGAAAUGCCAAAGAUAUAGUGCUGUACCGCCAAGCCAGCCACGCUCACAGCCUUGAACCAAAUGCUGUGCAGCACAUUGGCACGUUUUCUUCCAUUAGACUCAAUCCAUCACAUCCCAGACUUCUCUGAACAAUCAUAAACACAAUCAAAACAGAACAUGGCAAGCUUUAAAUAGCAUAAUCAAUGAACUUCAGAUAUUAAAUAUCUUUAGCUAGUUAAUUACUAUUGUUAAACGCCUUAAUGAUGAUACUACUACUAAUAAAAUAAUAAUUAUAAUGAUAAUAAUAAA